AUGAACAGCUGUAUGUUUGUUAGCCACCAAGGAAAACGUCCGCACAGGCUGGCUUCGCGUGUCUAGGUUCCUGCUUGUGGUUUGCUCAGCUCUGGUUUUGCACAGCCUAAAAUAUGUAAAUUGUGACGUGACAAGGGGAGAUGUGGGCCUGUACCUUUUAAUGAGGAAGUUUGUCCUUUUUGUUAAUGCCUUGCUGUGUCUUUGGUCUUGUACAAAGGACUCUUCUUCAUACCCAAGACGCCAUGAUGUUGUGGGUUGCCCUCCUGCUCUUUUUGAGCCUGCCAGUGAGCUCUACUUUUGGCGCAUCGGUGCCUGGUCCCACCAGAACCCCUCGAACAUCAUGGAAACGAAAAGACAUCAGCCUGUUGGAGUUUUCAGAACCUGGGACCUUCAACUACUCCACCCUGCUGCUCCAGGAAGACAAAGGAAUGUUGUAUGUUGGAGCCAGGGAGGCCAUCUUUGAGCUGGACUUGAGGAACGUCUCGGUCAUGAACAGAAAGGUUGUGUGGAAUGUGCCUGAUAAAGAAAUGAACGUAUGUGCUAUCAAGGGGAAAUCCAAAGAGACAGAUUGCCUUAACUACAUCAGAGUCCUGGAGGUUCAGAGCGAUGACCGUCUCUAUGUCUGUGGGACGCAUGCCUUUCAGCCGAUGUGUGACGUCUUGUUUCUCGGUAAUUUCACGCUGGAGGGAACUCAGGAGGAUGGUAAAGGGAAAUGUUCUUUUGACCCAGCUCAGAGUUUUACCACCGUCAUGGUGGAUGGUAAUCUGUACUCUGGAACUGCGUACAACUUCCUGGGAAGCGAGCCAAUCAUCUCCAGAAACCGGCACCCACAUGGCACAUUGAGGACGGAGUACUCCACCUCCUGGCUGAAUGAGCCCAGCUUUGUAUUCUCAGACGUGGUGAGAGAGAACCAGGGUAGUGCCACUGGGGACAAUGACAAGAUCUACUUCUUCUUCACGGAGGUGUCCGUGGAGUAUGACUUCCUCGGCAAACUGCUUAUCCCCAGGAUCGCCCGGGUGUGCAAGGGUGACCUCGGCGGACAGAGGACCCUGCAGAAGAAGUGGACUUCCUUCCUGAAAGCCAAACUCGUGUGCCCCGUACCUGAGACCGGCUUCAUCUUCAACACUGUCCGUGACGUGUUUAUACUCAAGAGAGAUGACUGGAGGGAAUCUGUCAUCUAUGGAGUCUUCACCUCGCAGUGGGACAACGUGGAGUCCUCGGCCGUGUGCGCCUAUAGCAUGUCAGCGGUGCAGGACGUGUUUUCCAAGGGCAAGUACAUGCAGAAGUCCACUGUAGAGCAGUCCCACACCAAGUGGGUGAGAUACAACAGCAUCCUACCGACUCCUCGUCCCGGAGCGUGCGUCAGCAUCAGUGACCGCCAGCAGGGCAUAAACAGCUCUUUAGAUUUGCCAGAUAAGACGCUACAGUUUGUCAGAGAUCACCCCCUGCUGGAGGACCCCGUUGAACCCAUUGGCAAUAGCCCCAAGCUUAUUGCCAAGGACGUCCACUAUGUGCAGAUUGCUGUUGAGCGAGUUCUGGCUCUGGAUGGCCAGCAAUACGAUGUCAUGUUCAUAGGGACUGACAAAGGAAUUCUGCGCAAAUCUGUUGUUUUUGAAGAUGAGGUCCAUGUGAUUGAAGAAAUGCCACUCUUGUCUAAGUCUGAAACCAUAAAGACUUUGGUCCUGCCCUCAAAUGGGGCCCGGUUCCUGUAUGUGGGAUCCGACAGCGGCGUGGUACAGGCUCCCACAGCCCUCUGUGAGAAGUACUCUACGUGUGAGGACUGCCUGCUAGCAAGGGAUCCCUACUGUGCCUGGGACACAGGGAAAGACAGCUGUGUCAGCUUGCUCCAGGAGCCAAACCGCCCCCGGCAGAAUUUUGUACAGAGCCUGCAAGGUGAUGCAGAUCAAUGUCCGAAAGGAAAUAGCCCGAGCUGUGAAGCCUACGAGCUCGUGCAGGUGCAGCCAGGGAGCGCCUUCAAACUGCCAUGUCAGUUGGCGUCCAACAUGGCAAAAGCCCUCUGGAAGUUUAAUGGGAAGACGCUUAACUCAUCGCAGCUUCACCAGUACAGCGCGGCCGGCCUGGUCAUUUACUCCGCGGGUCCGGACAGUCAGGGCUGUUACGAGUGCUGGGCCCGGGAAGAAGUUGGCGACAGGAGCUUCAGCUGGCUGCUCCAUGGCUUCCAGAUAGGCUUGGACCUGCGGCCGCAGUCCACUAUGGCAGGUGUGGAUCGAGGCCGUGGACGUGCUAUGAAUCCAAAGGAAAGCUCCACUGCUCAGCCAGCUGGACCUAAUGACUCGGUUCUGAUCUGGGCCCCACCAAUCCACCUGACAGUGGCACCCCCGGUGACAAAUACCCCUCACGUUGAACCCGGCGAGGCAUCAGCCAAGUAUUUGCAGUCAAACGGCAGCAGUACUGUGCUGCUUUUCUUCACCCUGCUCUUCUGUUUCCUCUUCCUGGCUACGGUGAGUUACAACUGUUAUAUGCAGUACCUGCCUGGCCCCUGCCUCAGCAUGCGUGCCGCCCUGCUGGGGAGGAAGAAAUCUCCCCCGCAAGAUUACCAGCCCUGCGAGACCGGUCUUGUAGCGUCUGUAGCCGAACAGAAGAAACCCAACGGGGUGUCCAAGGAUAUCCGGGACACAGGGUGUGAGAAGGGGCCAAGCGGGUCCCCCCCCUCCCACACGGCACGCACAAGCACCCCGACGGAGAAGCCAUGCGAUGCCGAUUGUGAAAGGCAGUCCAUUGAGUAUGCUGAUGCAGACACACCACCUUGAGGCUGCCUGGUCCCCCCCCCCCCAUCCCAGUCAUAUCCUGUGAAGAAUACACCAGUCUGAGUCACUGGAUAAUGCUCGGAUUAUGCAGAACUGUGCAGCCCAUUUCUCAACAUACCGUCUGUUUUUGUUUUUUUUUUCCAAAUUGGAAACACACAGUUUAUCAAAUUGGUAAGUUAGCAUGAUGUUUUCCAAGUUUGGAGUAUGUUACUCUCUUCGCCCUUUUUUUUUGUGAGGAUGGUAAAUGUGUCUUCCUCCCUGCUUAAAGCCAUGCUGCCUUUGUUAAUCUCAGGGAAGGGGGGCUGGACUGUGUGCUGUGGACCGCCCCAAAAAUGGCAGGGGCUUCCUGUUUGACCAAAUGGCAAUGCUGGAGCACUGGGGACGAUUUGGGGGCAGCAGAAUGGACCUGGUUCACUUGUAAAGAGAAUGUGUCUCGGAGCUACGGCUUUUCUGAACGAACUCGUCCUUCCUGUGCGAAGGCAUGGCAGACUAGCAAAGCCCAAACUGUACUGGUCCUUUGAGGAACAGACGUGGAAAGGCGGCGUGACCUUGUGGAGCAGCACAGUCCAACCAAUACCUUAGGAGCAUGUGGUUUGGUAUUAAGACACUUUCCAUGGAAUUCAACUGGAGACCUGCUGUAUCUUUGGGAUCAGUCUCCUUUAGGGAAUGGUAAGAUCAAACUGCAUUUCAAGGCUGGUUCUCUGCUUUCCUAAUGUUUGUGUAGUUUGGCAACUUGACUGUUCACGUAUUUGAUCUUGCCUUAACUUUUCAAACUCAACACUUGCACUACUGAGAACCAUUUUCUAGUAAUUUGGUAGUCACAACAUGCAUAGUUUUUCUGGUAUUGUAACAUGUGAUCUUUUGUACAGUUAAUACGUUCUCUAUUGCGAAAUUUCUCGGUACACAUUUCAUACAAAUGCCUUAUUGUCUUUCAAGGAAAUCAAUUUAUUCGGAAGGUACUUUUACUGCCAAGUUCAUGGAAAGAUAACAUCAAAUUUUGUACUAGACGUUAAUGUGACUUCUGUUUCUCCUAAAUGCAUCCCUACCUGCUGUCAUGACUGACUUAACAUGAUUACAACUACAGCUGAAUUAAAACAUACUUCUCAGUG